AUGGCGCGUACAAAGCAGACCGCCCGGAAAUCCACGGGGGGCAAGGCACCUCGCAAGCAGUUGGCGACCAAAGCAGCAAGAAAGUCCGCACCGGUUGCAGGGGGUGUAAAGAAGCCUCAUAGGUAUCGUCCGGGAACGGUUGCCCUGCGUGAAAUUCGCAAAUUCCAGAAGAACACGGACUUGUUGAUUCGAAAACUACCUUUUCAGCGGCUCGUGCGUGAGAUCGCCCAAGACUUCAAGACUGACCUUCGAUUCCAAAGUCAGGCAAUUCUCGCUCUUCAGGAGGCUGCGGAGGCUUACCUGGUCGGCCUUUUCGAGGACACCAACUUGUGCGCCAUUCACGCCAAGCGAGUGACCAUUAUGCCCAAGGACAUUCAGCUCGCCAGGAGAAUCCGUGGCGAAAGAUCGUGA